AUGGCUUCGUCCGAUCUUCCCGACAAUCCCCAUCCUAGAUCUUUCACCUUUCCCAAGCGCUCAUUUGAGAAGAAGGCGACAGUUAUGAGGUCAUUCCGAGCUUCCUGGUUUGACAAAUGGACAUGGAUCCACUACAGCGAGUGUAUCGACGCUGCUUUCUGUCAUGUUUGCGCGAAGGCAGAACAACAAGAAAAGCUCCAGGGUUUCAAGAAGGAUUUGGCAUUUAUAAGGAAUGGAUUCAGCAACUGGGAAGAUGCUACAGAGGGAUUUUGCUGCCACGAGAAGAGUCGGUGCCAUCAAGAUGCAGUGCAGAUGAUAAUCGUUCUUCCCACACUGUACGUGACGUUGGCGAAUCGCUAUCCAUGGCGCAUGCUCAAAGUAAAGUAA